AUGGACACUGGCAGCCAUGAUGCGGUGCAGCGGGUUGGGAUGUGAUGAGAGUUGCGAUGGCGAUAUCCAGGCGACGAGACGAAACGAGGUGGGGCGAGACGAGGUGGGUGGGAUGGAACGAGAGUGGCACAGUCACCAAACCAGGAACAUGGCUGGAUCCACGGAUCGAGUGCCAGCCAAUCACUGCUUGCCAUCCACAUUCCAAAUAAAUCAUCAUUUCAUCACUCCAUCGUUCCAUCCUCCAACCAAUUCUAUCCCUCGUAAUAUGGCCAGCAAGCCUUUCGUUCGACUCGUGCCCGAGCGCCCGUCCUGGCGCAUCUCGCUCAGCGACAUCACAGGCCGCUCAGCCAAUCCCAUCGGCCGUGGUGGCUUUGGCGAGGUCUUCACUGGCACAUACUUUGGAUCCAAGGUCGCCAUCAAGCAGCUCCUUGGAAACUACAACAACCGGGAGCUUGCUGAUUACAACUAUGAAAUCAGCAUCUGGAAGCAGCUCAGCCACCCCAACAUCCUUCCCCUGCUUGGCACCUGCGACCAGGACGAUGACGGCAACCCGAUUUCUCCCUUCAUGGUCUCGCCCUUCAUGCCCAACGGCACCCUCCUCAACCAUGUGUCCGAUGCUAAUGAUCAUGUUCCCCUCGACGAGAAGCUCCGUCUUCUCUACCAGGUGGCUUCGGGGAUGGCCUAUCUUCAUGGCCGCCGCAUCAUCCACGGCGAUCUCAAGGCAGCGAAUGUCCUCCUGGACGGCUUGAACAAUGCCGUCGUCACCGACUUUGGCAUGUCCCGCACCAAACACACAUCUGCCUCGAUGG